AAUGAAUAUUAAUUAAAUUACAAAAACAAAAUUAGCAGAUCUAAAACGGAAACCGGAAGUGUUAAAAAGAUCUUUGACGCCACAAAAAAAAACAUUAAAAACUAGCCAAAAUGGCUUCGCAAAUUUUAACUUUUCUAGUGAUUUUAUUUAUGGCCACAUUUUGCUUAGAUUUUACACAAUCUUGGAUGAAAUUCAACAGUUUUACAGCCAAAAAACGUACGGAUUUGAAAAAAAGAUGUCCUAAUGUACGUGCUCAACGUAAUUUCGAUUUGGAAGCCAUGAUGGGCUGUUGGUAUGUGGUGCAGUAUUAUGCCUCCACAGAAGAAUUGCCAGAAUACGCCUGCAUGCGUAGUCACUUUACAUUCACCAGUAAUGAUCAGCAUAUUACGAUGAACUUUACCUACAUAUAUGCUGAGGAUCCAUUGAGAGAAAAACUGCAAGGCAAUAUUACAUGGCUAAUUCCAGAGUUUAAUACACCUUCUCAUUGGAUGCACACGGAAGAUAUUUAUGAAGGCAUUUACAACACAUAUGUCUUGGAUACCGAUUACAAGUCUUGGGGACUUAUAAUGCAUUGUGCGGAGAAAAAGAAACAUCCACGAUAUUUAUCAGCUUUAUUACUAUCACGAGAACCAACAUUAGGUGAUAACGUAGUAAAUUUCUUAAGAGAGAAAUUACCGCGAUACGAUAUAGAUCUAUCAUUUAUGUUUCCCAUUAAUCACACAUCAUGUGAUAAUCUAAUGGAAUCAUCACAGGACGAUCCUUUGGCCUAUAUAGUGAAUGGACGAAAAAAUGCUAAGCAAAUGUUUAAAGUUAUAUUAAAGAAUUAAUAAAAAAUAUUAUCUUCUAGAAUUAAAUCCAUCAAAAUAAUCUUGAAUUGAAAUGUAAAAUAAAUUUUACAUGUUAUUAAAAAUAUGUAUAAAGUUUUCUUUGUUUAUUGUAUUUUUUAAAUAUAUACAUGUAUUCAAUAAUUUGUAAUAGAAUUCAAUAAAAUCAUUUAUAUUUUUGUGAAAUUAAGACCACCAAAUAAAUGUA